AUGGUCAGAACAGGCCAUGAAGUGUCUGUAGCUUUCGCUCUAACUAUCGCCGCUGGUGCUGCCACGGUGCUUGGCGGUAUGGUUGUGUUCAGCACUCGACUUGUACACCUGGCUAAUCCGUUGAGUCUCGCGGUAGCUCUUAGUAUAUCAUCGGGUGUGAUGCUCUUCAUCUCACUCGUUGAAAUUUUCAGUGCAUCCGUGAAAAUGCUGAGUGAAGGCAUUCGCACUGAAGACAUGACGGCAGACACGGCUACCGGGCACGGCUGGCUGUGUGCUACGGGAUGCUUUGCAGUCGGUGUAGGACUCAUCUACAUCAUCGAUAUCGUUGUGCACAAGAUCUCGCCCGAGCAUGAGAUGACCGAGAUUGAAAAUCUCCAUGAUAUUCGCGAAUCCAUUAUCCAAUUUGAAAGCAACAAAGAUUCAAGUAAACCACCAAUGUCAUUUCUAGAGUCUGGCGCAUCGUCAUGUGUUGAGUCAAAUACUCAAUAUUUAAAGGUGGAUGAGGAAGCCAAGCGUGCGUUACAGCGUAUGGGCUUGCUCAGUGCACUUGCUAUUGGUAUUCAUAAUUUGCCUGAGGGGGUCGCCACUUAUGUUGGAUCAAUUCAGAAGUCAUCUGUGGGAUUCUCACUUGCUGUUGGCAUUGGUCUACAUAACAUACCCGAAGGUAUCGCCGUUGCUGCUCCAAUUUAUUUUGCAACGGGUUCUCGGCGGCGUGGCAUCUUCUGGUGCAUCAUUUCUGCAGCUGCAGAGCCAGUCGGUGGAAUCAUUGCGUGGCUGGCAAUUGGUGACGGCAUGGAUGCCAUUGCAGAAGGUAUACUAUAUGGCAUCGUUUGUGGUAUUAUGGUGUGCAUUUGUAUCAAAGAACUCAUUCCGACGUCUUACAAAUUCGCUAAAAACAAGCCGCAUGUUGUUGCUGUUGGUAUGUAUGUCGGGAUGCUCAUUAUGGUUACGAGUCUUACACUCUUUGGCUAUGCUGGUGUGUAA